UCCCACCCAACAAAUCUUCCCACAUCUACAAAAACCCCACUCUUGUAUCCCUCUCCUUGCAAGCCUUCUUUUCUCCACCAACCUCUUCUAUAUAUCCUCUAUUCCUCCUUCUAUCUUCUAUAUAUUCCAUUUCCUCCACUCCAUUGAUCACACUCAUAUAUCCUAAACGCCACUCGUCAGUACUCCUUUGUUCCAAUUCAUUUGCAUCACCUUAAAACAAGCAUAUAUAUAAGCCAUGAGAGAGAUCCUCCACAUCCAGGCAGGGCAGUGCGGCAACCAGAUCGGGAGCAAGUUCUGGGAGGUGGUCUGCGACGAGCACGGCAUCGACAAGAAGGGCAUCUACGUCGGCACCUCCCCCCUCCAGCUCGAGCGGGUCAACGUCUACUACAAUGAAGCCAGCGGCGGGCGGUACGUGCCGAGGGCCGUGCUCAUGGACCUCGAACCCGGGACGAUGGAUGCGCUCCGCACCGGCCCCUAUGGCAAGAUCUUCCGGCCUGACAACUUCGUCUUCGGCCAGUCUGGGGCGGGGAACAACUGGGCUAAAGGCCACUACACCGAGGGCGCCGAGCUCAUCGAUUCCGUUCUCGAUGUCGUCCGCAAGGAGGCCGAGAACUGUGAUUGCCUCCAAGGGUUUCAGGUGUGUCACUCACUGGGAGGGGGGACUGGGUCGGGGAUGGGGACGCUGCUGAUAUCCAAGAUAAGGGAGGAAUAUCCGGACAGGAUGAUGCUGACGUUCUCGGUGUUUCCAUCGCCGAAGGUGUCUGACACGGUGGUGGAGCCGUACAACGCGACGCUGUCGGUGCACCAGCUGGUGGAGAACGCCGACGAGUGCAUGGUGCUGGACAACGAAGCCUUGUAUGAUAUCUGCUUCAGGACCCUCAAGCUCACCAACCCCAGCUUCGGCGACCUGAACCACCUCAUAUCGACGACGAUGAGCGGCGUGACGUGCUGCCUCCGGUUCCCGGGUCAGCUGAACUCGGACCUCCGGAAGCUGGCGGUCAACCUGAUCCCCUUCCCCCGUCUCCACUUCUUCAUGGUGGGCUUCACCCCUCUCACCUCCCGGGGGUCCCAGCAGUACCGCGCCCUCACCAUCCCGGAGCUCACCCAGCAGAUGUGGGACGCCCGCAACAUGAUGUGCGCCGCCGACCCCCGCCACGGCCGCUACCUCACCGCCUCCGCCAUGUUCCGCGGCCGCAUGAGCACCAAGGAGGUCGACGAGCAGAUGAUCGCCGUCCAGAACAAGAACUCCUCCUACUUCGUCGAGUGGAUCCCCAACAACGUCAAGUCCAGCGUCUGCGACGUCCCCCCCUCCGGCAUGACCAUGUCCGCCACCUUCAUGGGCAAUUCCACCUCCAUCCAGGAGAUGUUCAGGCGCGUCUCCGAGCAGUUCACCGUCAUGUUCCGAAGGAAGGCCUUCCUCCAUUGGUACACGGGCGAAGGAAUGGAUGAGAUGGAGUUCACCGAGGCGGAGAGCAACAUGAACGACCUGGUCUCCGAGUACCAGCAGUACCAGGAUGCGGCGGCCGACGAGGAGGAGCACGAGACCGAGGAGGUGGAGGAGGAUUAACGAAUUGGAUUUCCGACGGGAUUUGGAAGGAGGCCUGCUGUUCAUUACUUCUUGUUUACAGUAUAUGAUUGCUGUCGAUUGGGAGAGCUACCUGGUUGAUCCCAUCUCUCUCUGUUUUAUAUAUUGCGUGAUUUGUUUUCUCCAAUUCUUGUGAUUUAUCUCUCUCUGUCAUGUUUGUGCACUCGAGAAUCUUAAUUUGUUCUUUAUGUAAGUAUACUAUGUGAAAUCGAAUAUCGAGUGUUUAAAUGUUUGGCAGUGCAUGCAAGAAAUGAAUCGAGUACGGUUUUUAUUUGUUGGAUCA